AUAAAUUCAUUAAGUCGAAAUAUUUUUUUGGGGCCCACUUGGGGAGUGCAGGUACCAAAGAGAACCAAGGGGUCAGGGGUGUCGAAGGAGCUGUUCCUCCGUUUGACGCCGGCGGUGCGGCACAUACUGAUCACCAGCGUGGGGAUCCACUUCCUCCAACAGGCGUCGGGCAUCCGCUCAGUCCUCUACGGCCUGGAGAUAUUCGGCAAGGCCGGCAUUACCGACUCCGACCACAAGCUGCUCGCAACAGUCGGUGUCAGCCUGGUCAAGUCCUCGUCCAUCCUCAUCACCACCUUCUUCCUCGACAGCCUCGGCCACCGCCCGCUCCUCCUCAGCAGCAUCGCCGGGACGAUCGGCUUCCUCAUCUCCAUCGCCACCUGCCUCAGCAUCAUCAACCACAGCUCCAUCAAGCUCUUGUGGGCCAUCGUCCUCUGCAUCCUCUCUACCUUUUCGUGCGUGGCCUUCUUCUCCGUAGGGAUGGGCACCGUCGUGCAGGUCUACAGCUCCGAGAUCUUUCCCCUCCGCCUCCGGGCCCAGGGCUGCGCCACCGGGUCCUCGUGAACCCAUAUCACCAGCAGCAUCCUCAGCAUUGAAUUGAAAUCGAUGAGUUCAUUGAUAACUUUUCCGGUGUGGACCCGAUAUCCCAAAAUCAAAUAGGCUCUAACUAAUCUAGUUGAGUCGAGUUAAGCGAUUAAGGAGUAAAGCUCUCAUAGCAUGAAUUUUUUCCAUUACUAACACUCGAAUUUGAAAUCUAGUUUAACAAAAAUAAGAAACCACUUAAAUCAAACCACAUUAGUUCAUUCAUUGAUAAUUUUUUUUCAGUGUGAACUUUGAUAUUCGAAAGUCCAAUUGGGUCUCGACUAAUCUAGUCAAGCUGGGUCAGGUUACUAAGAGAUAAAGCUCUCCCAGCAUGGGUUUUUUACAUUCACCGGACUCGAAUCCAAAAUCUUA